GGCACAAUGUCCCUGCCUGUGCUGGAGAAAAAGGGGGACAUCAUCUUGGGAGGACUCUUCUCCCUUCAUGACAUGGUGGUGGAGCCGUAUUUGGCUUUCACCUCUCCGCCUCCUCCCACAAAGUGUACCAGGUUUAAUUUUCGGACUUUCCGUUGGAUGCAGACUAUGAUCUUUGCCAUCGAGGAGAUCAACAGAAAUGGCAAUUUCCUUCCAAAUAUCACACUUGGCUAUAAGAUCUAUGAUUCAUGUAGUACACCCCAUCAGGCUUUGAAAACUGCUAUGGAGCUGAUGGGAACUGAGAAGGGUUCAGAUCUAGAAAAGAGUCUGAGUAGCGGCACUUGUCAUGGUAAUGUACCAGUGGUGAUAGGAGACGGUGGCUCCACUCAGUCUAUCGUCGUCGCUCAUUUCCUGGGAGUCUUUCAUGUUCCACAGGUGAGCUAUUUCUCAAGCUGUGCCUGUCUGAGUGACAAAAAGGAGUUUCCUGCCUUUUUAAGGACAAUGCCUAGUGACUUCUUCCAGGUAGACGCACUCGUACAGCUGGUCAAGCAUUUUGGCUGGACUUGGGUGGGAGUUAUUGCAGGCGAUGACGCCUAUGGUCGUGGUGGGGCAAAUAUAUUUGCAAAUAAGGUUCAAAAGCUAGGUGUUUGCAUUGCAUUUUAUGAGAUAAUUCCCAAGAAUGGGGAACAGACUCAUAUUGCAUCUAUUGUUUCAACCAUCCGUUCAUCAGAGGCUCAGGUGAUUCUGGUGUUCGCUGUGGAACAAGAUGCAGCAACACUUUUUGACCAGGCACUCAGAGAUGGACUAUCUGGAAUACAGUGGCUAGCCAGUGAAGCUUGGAGCACAGCUGCCAUCUUCUCCUCCCACAGAAAAUAUCAUCAUAUCCUCCAGGGAACUAUGGGGUUUGCCAUUCGGGGAGCAUACAUCUCUGGAUUUCAAGACUUUCUGCUUCGCUUAAAUCCCUCAAGUUCAGAUGACCAUGAAGAUAAUUUCCUUGUAACAUUCUGGGAAGAGGUUUUCCAGUGCAGGUGGCAGGCUGAAAGUCAGGAACAUAAAUCUGAGGGUAAACCUCCAUGUUCUGGAAAAGAACAGCUUGGGGGCAAAAAAAGCAUAUAUUCAGAUGUAUCAGAGCUUAGGAUUUCCUACAAUGUCUAUAAAGCUGUGUAUGCUGUUGUGCAUGCACUGAUGUCAAUGAGAAGGUGUGUGAAAGGAACAGGACCAUUUCUACAACAUGCUUGUCCAGAUAUAGACAAUAUUAAGCCGUGGCAGUUACUUCAUUACAUAAAACAGGUGCAGUUCUUGAACUCAGUUGAUGAUGAAAUCAAGUUUGAUGAGAACGGCGACCCUUCAGCCAUGUAUGACCUGGUUAACUGGCAACUGAAACCAAACGGAGAGAUGGAGUUUGUCGCGAUAGGCAGAUUCGAUGAGACAACUGACACUUCAAAUCAAAAACUUCAGAUCAAGGAACAGAAUAUCCUCUGGAAUGGGAACCAAACCCAAGUGCCCUUAUCAAUGUGCAGCACCAUUUGUCCUCCAGGCACACGGAAGGCAAUCAGACCUAACGUCCCCAUCUGCUGCCAUGAUUGUGUGGCUUGUACAGCUGGGGAGAUUAGCAAUCAGACUGAUGCCAUAGAGUGUGUACAAUGCCUCCCAGAGUUCUGGUCCAAUGCUGAGAGAACUGCCUGUAUCCCCAAACAGGUGGAGUUCCUCUCUUUCAGCGAUACAAUGGGCAUAACUCUGAUGGUUUCGUCUCUCAUUGGCACCCUCAGCACUGGCGUUGUGGUCUUCAUAUUCUUCUUUAACAGAACCAGCCCCAUUGUCAGAGCUACGAACUCUCAGCUGAGCUUCCUUCUGCUUUUCUCCUUAGCACUUUGCUUCUUGUGUUCUUUGACCUUUAUUGGUCAGCCAUCUAAGUGGUCCUGCAUGCUGCGCCACACAGCAUUUGGGAUCAGCUUCGUCCUCUGUAUUUCCUGCAUGUUGGGGAAGACAUUGGUGGUGUUAAUAGCCUUCAAGGCCACACUUCCAGGCAGUAAUAUUAUGAAGUGGUUUGGGCCUGUACAGCAAAUGGCGAUAAUCAGCUUUUGUACUCUAGCCCAGGUCAUGAUUUGUACAGUUUGGCUGGCUGUUGCACCGCCAACCCCCCGGCGAAUGAUGCCACGUGAGAGUGCUGUUGUUAUUCUCUUGUGUGAUGAAGGUUCACGCGUUGCAUUUGCUUUGGUCCUGGGGUAUAUCGGCCUUCUAGCCUGCUUCUGCCUUCCCUUGGCCUUCUUAGCAAGGAAACUUCCAGACAACUUCAAUGAAGCCAGACUCAUCGUGUUCAGCUUGCUCAUUUUCUGUGCAGUGUGGAUAGCAUUUAUUCCUGCUUACAUUAGCUCUCCGGGAAAGUACACCACGGCCACCGAGGUGUUUGCUAUCUUAGCUUCCAGUUAUGGAUUGCUGGGCUGCAUUUUUGCCCCGAAGUGUUACAUAAUCCUGCUUAGGCCAGAAAAGAACACAAGGAAACACCUUAUGUCCAAAGCUUCAUUUGGUAAAUUUUAA